UAUGAAGAUAAAAAAGGUCGCAGCGCUUUUUUAUUCCUGAAAUUAGUGAUCAGAAAUGGCGGACAGGGAGGAACUAGUUUAUAUGGCCAAACUGGCUGAACAAGCUGAAAGGUACGACGAAAUGGUGAGCAAUAUGAAAAGCGUUGCGAACCAAGGUACAGAGCUGUCGGUAGAAGAACGUAACCUUUUGUCUGUUGCUUAUAAAAAUGUUAUAGGAGCUCGGCGGGCCUCUUGGCGAAUCAUAAGUAGCUUGGAGCAAAAGGAAGAUUCGAAAGGCAACGAACAACGUCUCCGUUUGAUUCGCAGUUACCGGGAAAAUAUUGAAAUUGAACUGAAGAAAAUCUGCGAGGAUGUUCUCGAUGUUCUCGACAAACAAUUGCUGCCAAUAGCCAGUUCUGGAGAGUCGAAUGUAUUUUACUUUAAAAUGAAAGGCGAUUAUCAUCGUUAUCUGGCGGAAUUCGCAAUUGGUGAUGACAGAAAAGAGACUGCCGAUGAAAGUCUGAAAGCUUACAAACGUGCUAGCGAUAUUGCUUCAAACGAGCUCACCUCUACGCAUCCGAUCCGACUUGGUUUGGCGCUCAAUUUCUCCGUGUUCUACUAUGAAACUCUUAGUAACCCCAUGAGAGCCUGCGCCUUGGCUAAAACCGCCUUCGAUGAAGCUAUUGCUGAGCUGGACACACUCAGCGAAGAAAGCUACAAAGAUUCCACGCUCAUCAUGCAGCUCCUUCGGGAUAAUCUCACCUUGUGGACAUCGGACAUGCAGACCGAGGAAUGUGACCAGAAGGCUGACCCGAAAGGGGAACAGCCACAGGAUGGAGGAGAUCCUGCGCCAGAAGCUUAAUGGAAAAAAAAAAAAAAAAAAAAGAAAUUUGUCGUAAAGUUUCUUUCGUUGAUAAGAAAAAAAAAAGAAAGAAAAAAACGAAACAGCUUUAUAAGAACAGCAACAGCCAAGGUCCCCCUUACUACUACUACUACUACGAUAACUACUACUAGUAGUCUACUUUGAACUAAUUAUAUACAUACACACACAGACACUCACAUAUAUAUAUACACACAUUAAGUAGUAGUCUAGCUGUUUCUUCUCUUUCCUCAUUACAUCUCUUUAAACAUCUUUCUUUCUCUACUAUGUCUGUCUGUCUCUGUCUCUCUCUGUCCCUUGCUGCUGCUGGGGCUGUACCUUCUAUACCCCACUUUACACCGUAAAAUAGUCGGCUGUUGCAGCAGUAAACCGAGCAGAAACAGUAACAAAACAACAACAACACAAAAUAUCAGAGAAAAGAAGACAAAAAAAAAAAAAAUUUGAAAAAAAGUCAAAGGAAAAAAAAAACAAACAAAAAACAACAAAAAAAAAAAACAAUUCAAUUUCCA